ACACAUACUUUUUUUUUUUUUUUUUUUUUAUUUAACGGUAUUGAUGAUAAGCAAAGCUCAAAAGGUGGCAGUAUAAAUGUUAAAAUAGUAGUCGUGUUAUAAUUUUUUUUUUUUUUAAUUUUUUAAUAUUGAUGAUGAUGAUGAUUUUUUGUGGCCCAGUGUUGGUGAAAUUUUAAUUUUGUUGGAAAUAAAAAAAAAAAAAAAAAAAAGAGAGUCAAAGUAGCAUCUUAAUUUCAUUCUAUUUUGUUGAAUUUAUUUUUAAUAAAAAUAAAAAAUAGAUAUAAUUUGAUUUGUCGGCGUUGAGUUAACCGGCUCUUUUAAUUUUUCAGAAGUGAGCAGAAUAAUAGAAAAAAAAAACAAUAUAUAACAAAGAGAAGAAAAAAGAAGAAAAGAAAGAAAAAAUGAGUGAAGAAAGUAAUCCUCGUACAUUGUACGUAGGUAAUCUUGAUGCAAAUGUAGUUGAAGAUUUACUAGUAACAUUAUUUUCUCAAAUUGGACCAGUAAAAGGUUGUAAAAUAAUACGUGAACCAGGUAAUGAUCCAUAUGCAUUUGUUGAAUUUAUGAAUCAUCAACAUGCAGCAACAGCACUUGCUAUGAAUAAAAGAGUAUUUCUUGAUAAAGAAAUAAAAGUUAAUUGGGCAACAAGUCCUGGUAAUCAACCAAAACUUGACACUAGUAAUCAUCAUCAUAUAUUUGUUGGUGAUUUAUCACCUGAAAUUGAAACUCAAACAUUAAAAGAAGCAUUUGCACCAUUUGGUGAAAUAAGUAAUUGUCGUAUUGUACGUGAUCCACAAACAUUAAAAAGUAAAGGUUAUGCAUUUGUAUCAUUUGUUAAAAAAUCAGAAGCUGAAGCAGCAAUAUCAUCAAUGAAUGGACAAUGGUUAGGUUCACGUAGUAUCAGGACAAAUUGGUCAACGAGAAAACCACCACCACCAAGAUCAGAAAGACCAAGACAUCCAAAUAGUAGUAAACCAAACUACGAAGAGGUUUAUGCUCAAAGUAGUCCAACAAAUUGUACUGUUUAUUGUGGUGGUUUUACAAAUGGUAUAUCUGAAGAAUUAAUAACUAAAACAUUUUCACCAUUUGGUGCUAUAAGUGAAAUUAGAGUAUUCAAAGAUAAAGGUUAUGCAUUUAUUAAAUUUACAACAAAAGAAGCAGCAACACAUGCUAUUGAAGCAACACAUAAUACAGAAAUUAAUGGUAGUGUUGUUAAAUGUUUUUGGGGUAAAGAAAAUGGUGAUCCAAAUAGUGUUGGUCCAAAUGCAAAUCAACAAGCACAACAGAAUGUUACUGGUGCUGGAGCUGGACAAUAUCCAUAUGGUUAUGGUCAACAAAUGGGCUAUUGGUAUCAAGGAUAUCCACAAAUGCAAGGACAAUUUUUACAACCAACAGCAGCAGCAGCAGCUCAAUAUUAUGGACAAUAUUAUACUCAACAACAACAACAACAAUAUAUGAAUAGCAUGAGAAUGCAAGCAUCUGCUGGUGCAACAUGGCAACCUGGACAAGCAACACCAACACCACCAACUGGUGCACCACAAUUACCACCUGGUCAACCACCAUUGGUUACUUAUAUGCAUCAAUAUCCAACGCAAUGAAAUGACAAUUUAUUUUGUUAUGAUUGACCAAUUCAAUUAUUUAAUAAACAAAAAAAAAAAAACAACAACUACAACAACAACACAACAACAAUGGACUACUACUACUAAAUAAAAAGAAAUUUAAUAAACAAAUUAUUUAAAUAAAAAAAUAUAAAACAGAUAAACAAAAAUGAAAAAAAUUUAAACAAGAGGUAAAUAAUUAAU